AUGGCCUUUGAAUUUCCGGAUGGCCCUUACCCUCAGCCAUUCAAUGUCGAGCUGGAUGAUUCCUUCCUUGAGAUGACCCUCAGAAAGGUCAGGGACUAUAGACCCACAUUUGGACUAUCAGACCAAUGGACCAUUGAGGGGCCUCCUUCCAGAGCUCUCAUAGACGUUGCAGAUUAUUGGAGCACAAAAUACUCUUGGAGAAGCGUGGAAAGGAAAAUGAAUGAUGAUUUCAAUCACUUUGCGACAACAGUUCCAGGCAGUGACGAGUACACUGACCCUAUUUCCUUCCAUUACAUUCAUCAGCGCUCGCCUACUCAUAACGCCAUUCCACUGUUACUCUUGCAUGGUUGGCCCUCAACUCUCCUUGAAUGGUCUAAGGUUGUCAGACCAUUAGGCGAGCACUUAGAACAGUCAUUUGACAUUGUCGCACCCGACCUCCCUGGGUUUGGCUUAAGCCCGGCUCCCAAGCGGUCAGGACUAGGCCCUCGGGCGCUGGCUCGAGCAUUAGACGCCCUCAUGCUUCAGCUUGGUUACGAAAAGUAUGGAAUUGUCACCACUGAUAUAGGCUGGUUUAUCGGCAUGUGGAUGGUAAAUGAAGUUAAGGAUAGCAUAAUUGGCCAUAUGACCGACUUUUUCAUUGCUCCACCAACUCCUGGCGACCGGGCCCUGCAGGCAAAAGGAGAGGCAAGCACCGAAGAAUCUGCUUACAUUGCCUCGUACGACUCUUGGUUCGAAUCUCACUGGGCCUACGCAACGGUUCAUGCACAAAAGCCGCUAGCUCUGUCUCAGGCUCUUGGUGACAGUCCAGUUGGACUGCUCGGUUGGUAUUGGGACGUUAACAAUUCCACUAGUGACGGCUUUGAAUAUAGCUUUGAGCAGCUGAUCACUGAUGCUAUGAUGCUGUGGAUUCCGGGGCCGUAUGCAAAUUGUCGGGCAUAUUUAGAAUUUUUCAAGCCUGAUGUCAUGGAUUUUCCGCCAAGUCGCGUUCCGACAGGAGUGUCUGAAUGGGGCUGGUCAAAAGGACCAUUCUCUAAAAUUGGAGAUUUUGCCUUCGCCCCCAUGGAGUGGGUCAAGCGGACAACGAACUUGGUUUAUUUUAACAAGCACGAUGAGGGCGGGCAUUUCCCUGCUAUUUGUCAACCCGAUCUAUGGGUCCAAGACGUCCGCACCUUCUUUGGCCAGUUGAAGGAGUCGGGCAUAUGA